AUAUUUCAUUUGGGGUUUCUUCAUUUCCUGAACUUCCCCCUCAUUUCUAUAAUUUACUACAAAUAGAUACAAAGUUUUCUUUACAAACAUACUGCAAAGAAGAAUCACAUACUGUAAAGCAUUUGCAUGUCUUAAUAUAUAGCAUUAGUAAUGCCUUACAUGUUCAAAGCACUGCACAACCAUUAAUUAAUUAAUCUUCACAAAAUCUCUUUGAGGUAAAUAAAUAGUCAUCUAUAAAAUACUUAUCUUAACAAUAUUCCAAACAUAAUUUCAUCCAAACCACUUGCUCCCUCAUUUUCUUUGGUCGAACAGUAUUUUUUCAACAGUAUUAACAAAUGUUAAAACAUUUAGAGAAUCCUCAGUCUCUUUUUUGUUUUAAAUCUGUGGUAACUCUGCAUAUAGAAUUUAAUUUGCAUCCCCCUCCCUUAGUUGCAUGUUUGCUUAUCAACAGGUGUUGGAUCAGGCCAACUCCUGUUGGCUUACUCACACAAAUAGUCCCAUAAAUUGAGUAAUUAAGCAGAGCAGGAUUUGGUCCCAAGAGCAUUUUUAAAGUGAUUCUCAAUUUUUGCUGUGGGUAAUGUGCUGUUCAUCUGCAUCAGAUCUCAUGUUUACAGUUUUAGGGUGUCCACUGAUCACCACAGUAGUCAGAAAAGGGAAAUUAUUUAAAAAAAAAACAAACUUUUUCCUAAAGUUCUGCUGCUUUUGUUGUGAAACGUUCUACUGAAAUGAAUGUUACUUAGUGAAGUUGAAACAACUGGGAGAACUACUCAGUUAUAUUAACAGUAGAGCGGAUCAGAAACAUUUUCACAAACUUUUUAAUGAAAAAUACCUGAUUACAUUUUAGUGAUUUUUUAAAAUUUUGAUCAAAAUUUUUCAAAACUAAAUUUUUCUGAAACUUUUAAACUCUCCCCCCAACUGAAAAAAGCAAUGUGUGGGGACAUAAAAGAGUGAAAGUAGAGAAAAAAUACCACUCACUCUCUCCCUUUUCUUUUACUCCUUCCUCUUUUUUCCUCCAGCAGGAAAAAAAAAGCAUUGAUCCCACUGACACAAAACUGAAAUGUAGGGGGAAAAAAGUAUUGAAAACCCCAAAAAUAUUCAUAGGAAGUUGUUGAAAGUGAAAAAUGCAUUUUUAAAUAUUUCAUUGAAUAUACUUAUCUGUUUUCAACCAGCUAUAAUUAAUAUGUGAAAGUAUCAAAUUAAGAUAAAAGCAAUUUUAAUUAUCUGAAUUUAUGUUUUCAGUUUUCACACAGCAGAACCACCCAUUAUCCUAAUUAUUCUACACCAGUUUCUCAAACUGUGGUCCAUGGGCCACCAGUGGUCCGCGACCUCCAUUCAGGUGGUCCAUUCAGGUGGCCGCACACAAGAGAAAGAAGGGCCACCCACCUAAUUAGUGGAGAUACACAGGCGUGGCUCCACUAAUUAGGUGCCUGGACCCUGGAGAAGACACACAGGUGAAGUGAUGGCCUUGGGGGAAUAAAGGGUAGGUGGAAGGGGCAGUGGGGUGAGAAGAGGGGGUGGGGGCAAUAUGGGACAUGUAGGGCUGUGAUGGCCAGAGAAAGAGGUGACUUUCUCCAGCUCCAGGGCUGUGGCUGCCAGGGAGAGAUGGCCCUCCUCCCAGCCUCAGCUCUGUGGCGGGGGAGACCACCUUCCUUCCCAGCUUCAGGGCUGCCGUGGCUGGGGAGAGAGGGCACAUCCAUCGCAUUAGAAAGGUAAGACUAUUGAUAUUAAAAUGAGUUGUGUGCUUUUAUUUGUAGUACAAAAAAAGUUAAUUAUUAAGGGGUUUUUUAGAUAGUGCUUUACAAUAGUUAGCUAACGGUACAAACAACAUUUGGAAAGAUCAUGAGGUGGUCCACCGAGACCCUCAGCAAUUUUCAAGUGGUCCAUGGGCGGGGGGGUUGGGGGGGGGGGUUGAGAACCACUCUUCUACACCAUUUUGCUGUUAUGAGUCAAACUCAGAUGGUGAUUUAAACUAUGUAGCUGGUGUAAACUGAUCAGCAAAAAAAGUGGGAAGUGAUCAAGAAGCACUCUUUGGAUGGAUUUCCCAUUCAGGCCAUUUCAGCAAGACACUUUAAGCAUGUACCUAAAUUUAAGCACAAAACUCAUUCUUAUUUGACAAAGCACUUAAACACCUGGUUAAUUUCAGGCACGUGCACAAUUUCCCUGGAUUUCCAGGGAUGCUUAACCGCCCCCCCCUUGAUUUCCUUGCGGUCCAUGGGACCGUGCCUCCUUGAGCGCUUUGUUGAGCAGGGAGAGGAUUGCUCACGUGCUCCACGUGAGGCAGCAGUUUCGCUGGGGGGCAUUGGAUAGGUGCCAGACGGUGAAAUAACUUGCUUGGGGAGCUGUUAAGCGUGAAUAGCCUGGACAGGAACGACCGGAUCCCGGCCCUCUGUCUGACCCCCUCCGUUACUAGCGGGUUUUCCAGCUGCACCCCGGCCCGCGCUCUCCACCCAGGGUUCCCACAACACCCCCCGCCAGCAGGGACGACGUUGAGCCCAGGACACCAGGCAGCCGCCAGUCCGGACCGCUGCCUCACAAACGGGCCCCUCCCGGGAAAGCCCGCCCCGCCCCUGAGCAGCUCCAGAGACCCCCGCGCUUUCCCCGGGCGCCGCUCCCCGACCCUGGCCCGGGCCUAGCCCCGCCCAUUCCCUUUAAACCUCCCGCGCCCGCCAGCCAAUCGCGGCGCUGCCCGUUCGCAGCCGCACAUUCCGCGCGCCGGGCCCGAGGCAGAUCCUGGGCAGCUCCAGUCCCGCCCCGCCGCCUCUUGGGUGGCCAGUAGGUCGCCGCGGCCGCUUGCCCCCGUCCCCUCGAGUCUGCCCUGGCGUCGGCCCCUCUUCUCUUCCUCGCCGCGAAUCUGCGCCGCCGCUCUUGCCGCUAACAUAGUUUGGGCGGUUGUCAGGGAGAAACAAGAUGGCGGCGGCGGCGGAGGAGGACACGGAGCUGCGGGACCUGCUUGUGCAGACGCUGGAGAGCAGCGGGGUGCUCAAUAAAAUCAAGGCAGAACUACGAGCAGCUGUAUUUUUGGCACUUGAAGAGCAAGAAAAAGUAGAGAACAAAACACCCCUGGUAAAUGAAAGCUUGAAAAAGUUUCUAGGUACAAAAGAUGGUUGCUUGGUUGCUGGUCUUGUUGCAGAAUUUCUUCAGUUUUUCAAUCUUGACUUUACAUUGGCCGUUUUUCAGCCUGAAUCAAGCACACUAAAUGGGCUCGAAGGGCGAGAUAAUUUAGCCCGAGAUUUAGGAAUUAUAGAAGCAGAAGGUACUGUAGGUGGCCCCUUAUUGUUGGAAGUGGUCAGAAGAUGUCAGCAGAAAAAGGGUUCCAGUAGUGGAGAAGUAGCUCCAGUUGUGUCUGACAUGCGUUCUUCACCAAAAUCACCUGAUGGAAGAUCAAAUACACAUCCAAUACCAAGUAAGAUACCAAGGUAUAAAGGACAUCGUAAACAGAAAAAGUGCUUGGACAAGGCUGGUGAGCAGGUUGCUGAAACCAGUCAAAGUGAUACAAGUAUCUCAUCAGGAGAAACAAAGAGCAAAAGCAGCAUUCACUUUCUUCCCAAUGAGACAAAGCUAGUUUCUCAACCGCACAACAAAGACUUAAAUACCAAAGAAGAAAGUGAUCCGGCUGUAGAUGAGGAUGACAUAGAGGGAGAUUCUUUUUUUGAUGAUCCCAUACCCAAACCGGAGAGAAACUAUGGCUGGAAAACAGAGUCCAACAAACAAGGAGGAAGCCUUGCAUCUCUUUCUGAUGCACCCCCACUAAGGAGUGGGCUAAGCUCCCUUGCUGGAGCACCUUCACUAAAAGAGCCUGACAAUGCAAAUAGAAACUCUGUUUUGAAAGAUCUACGCUUGGUGAAUGCAAAAUUUGGAUCUCUUGAAUUAGGAACUGGAGAUGAAGAUGAGUAUGUUGAUGAUUUCAACAGUACCAGUCAUCGCUCAGAAAAAAGUGACAUCAGUAUUGGUGAAGAAAUAGAGGAAAUUUCUGUGGAAACAGAAGACUUGAAUGCCAGUGAUAAACUUGAAGACCUCACGCAAGAUCUUACCAUUUCUCAGUUAAGUGAUGUUGCAGAUUAUCUAGAGGAUGUGGCAUAGAACUGGACAGUAGAGAUGUUUCAAGUGCUGGAUUGAGGACUCUUGUGGACUGCUACUUUCAGACAAUCAUUCUUUGCUGGAAUGUCUGUUCCCUAUUUGUGCCUUGUGUUUCAGAAAGACUGGAAGUGUAGAGAACGCUUAUAAAAUCAUAGUAAGAACUGAAUGAAAUAGUUAAUUCCAUCUUGAGCCUAAUAUUGGAAUUGUUGUUCUUCGUCUGGUUCAGCGAAACCUUUCACACAAGGAGUUGAAUUUUUUCCAGCUGGAUGUCCAUUGCUGGCGAUGGAUACACAAAACCAUCGGUCUAUAGGAGAACGUAACUGAAGAAAUCAGCAAAACUGCAGAACUUCUAAACAGAUGUAUGUCUUUAUAAUGAAUUUACACUGUUAUGGUAAAGGUCUGAUUUUUAGCUAAGAUAAGCAAGAAAACUUAAGAGUUACUGCUUCAACUUACUAAAAACUUCAGCAGGAGAGUAAAAGCAGUCUCUGAAAUUUUACAUAAUAUCUAAUAAAUUUGCCUCAGUACCUAGUCACUCCUUGCCUACUUUAAGGGGUCAGGAUUUUUCAGAAGUGACUAGUGAUUUUUGGGAGCCAAACUUUAGAGGUCUGCAAGGGGCCUGGGUUUUAGCAUUUUCUGAAAACCAGGCCCCUUUAAGGUGUCUCCAGCUGAACAGCCCAAACUGAGGCACCUAAAAUCAGUAGGCAUUUUGAAAAUCUUAGCUGAAGUAUCUGUCAACUCUGAACUUUCUUGUUUUAAUGUAUCUGUCAGACCAUUAACGUUACUCUAAACUACUUUUUGUGUGUGAUAAUUUCAUUAAUGUUAACACCUGUUAAAAUCCCAAUAAAAAUGUGAGAUUCCCUUAUGAUCCAUAGAUCAUAAUACAAAAUAGCAAAAUUUCUGAGAAGAGUUGUUUAAUGGUUUGUGGAGUUCAUGUUAUUGGGGGCGGGGGGGGAUCUUAAUUUGUAUUGACUCACUUUCAUUGUUAAAAAUCCAUGUUCUUUUUUAAAAAGGAGCACCAAAAAAGUAUGAAGCAAUUAAACUUCUCUGUGUAUCAGAAUCUAAUGACUGAUGAACAGAUUUAAACCCAAAUAUUUAAAAAUAAAUACCAGGCCUAAGAUAUUGAACACACUAAGUUACAGCCAGGAGCACAUUUCUGUACUUCCAUUAUCAACUCUUGAAAAACAGGGUCAGUAAUGGAAACAUUGACAGUUCCUUAACUAUACUGUCAUGCAUGGCGCUGCUGUAGUAUAUAGGUCAUGGACAUUUGUAAUACUGAAACAAGCCUUCAAAAUGUGUACUUUUUGAGCAUUGUUAAAAAAAUACAUUGGAAAAGAUACAUGUCAGUGAAUAUAAAGAUAAAUUAAUCACCUUU